AUGCCAUUCUCGCCAGAGCUUACAGUCCUGCUCGGCGAGAUGCAGAAGGCUGCCGAAGACGUGUCGCAGCUCGUUGGGCGAUUCGGCUUCAAGAUGGCCGGAACGCUCCGGCGACCCCACAUCAAGACGGCGCUCUUCGCGGACCGCAACCGGCUCCGGUUGCCGAGCCUGCGAUACGCUGACAGCUUCACCUGUCUGCUCACAAAGCCCUUCGAGAAGCCGAUCAGCCUCAGGGGGAAGGCCCUGCUGCUGUGGUGGUUAUGGGACGCGCUGCUCGAGUGGUCCACGCCCUCAAUCAGCUCGAGAGGCUGCACGCUUGACUUUAUGCCCGCCCAUAGAACCGACAUCCUGACCGCGGCGUACGGCGGUGACUUCAUGGAGCGGCGCAUCUUCGACGCGCCCAUCGCGAGAUUCCGCUUCCCGGAGACGGCUUUCGACAGGACCACGGCCGCCCUGGCCAUCGAUCAACCCCCGUACAAUGGUUACGGCUGCAUCAAGGACACGUUCGACUAUCUCAUGCCGCGCUCGGGGAACAUCUGGCGCAGCGCCAUGAACAUCUUCCCGGCGGAAGAGAAGCGCCUGGUCCAAGCUCUCGCCGAGACUUGUAAGGCCAACGACGACUAUAUGUACAUGUCGGAGGACAAUGACUCGCAGUGUAAGAAAUUGAUACAGCGCUUCCCGCCACUGGCCAGAAAAUUCGUUGAGGAUGGAGGGCUUGUCGGAAAGGAGCGCGGGUCAUACUGCAGAAGUACCAAUAUCCCUCCAGGCCCCAAGGAUUAG